CUCUCCCGCUCUGGCUCACAGGAAGUGAAAUCUGGAACUGCAACUACAGAGGACAGAGGAAAGAUCUUACAACUGGAGCUUUUAGGUCACUUAUCGCAAACAGAAGCCACCACUUGAGCUAAAAUAAGGUCUGCUGGCUAAUGGCUAUUCUCAGGGUUUUUCUCACACUUGCCAUCUGUCUCCUGCUUGGGCAUCAGACAUUUGCUAAGAACGAUGCUCCCUGCCAGCUCUCCAAAUGGAACAAUGGCUACAACACCUUCAUCAAACGCCACAUUCGCUCUGGAACUCCUACCUCUCUGGACCAAAACGAAUGGGAGAGGUACAUUGGGAAUAACGGGGGUUGCAACAGACCCACGCAGUCUUUCCUUCACCCCAAAGACCUGGAGAGGGUGAAGGCUGUGUGCUCGAACGCAGGAGGGAAGAAGUUCAAGGAGAACCUGUGCAUCAGCAAGCAGCCUUUCACUUUUGUCACGGUGAGAAGUGACCAGGGGACCUGCAAGAUCAGGAGCGUCCGAGAGGAAACUAAACAUCUGAUCCUGGCCUGUGAAGUACUGGACAACAACUGCCUCCCUGUCCAUUUUGAGGGAAACCCUGAAAGCCUACAACCUAAUAACAAUGCUGAAGGCUGCCAGGACCCACAGACAAGAAGCCAUGCUCCCAGCUUUAAAAUGACAUGGCUCCAGUUAUCUGUUCUUCUUGUCAUUAUUUAUGGCUAUUAACUUUUUUUUUUUUUUUUAAUUUAAGAAACUAGGGGGACACUUUUUGAAAUUUUCUCCUGGAUACAUUUCAGCAAAACCACCAAAGAAAUAAAAAAAGAUUUUUGGUUUAAAACAGUAUUACAUCACAGUCACAUCACCAAGAUAUCAACCGCAUUUUUAAAGAACUUUCAGUUUUUAAAAACAAAUUUUUCUAUUUUUUUGAAUUGCUACUAUUAUAUGCUUGUGCCUGUGUGUCUGUGGGUUUGCUUAGUUGUUGUGCAUCUUUAAGAGAUAAUGAGAGAUUGGUGGUGACCUAAUGUCAUUUCAUCAAAGUUGCAGUUUUGGCAUUGAUAGUACAGAUGAGAUCUUUUACUGUGUUGUGCGUAUUUUACAUUAAAGGGGCAUAAAUGGAAUUACCAAACAAAAGAUAUUGCAUUUAAUUUAAUACACUCAAUUCAGACAAACAGGCUUAUACUAAGAUCUGGAAUUCAUCCACACCCAUUUCCACCCUGGUUUAUUUUUUUGUAGUCAAGUGUGAUACAGAUUGCAUCAGCUUAACUCUAACCAUAAAGCAUGAUAUGUACAAAUAAAAUCCACAACAAACAAGCAAGAUGCUACUCUGUGAAUAUAUCAAGAGAAAAUUUAGCGGACUCUAUGACAAUACUGACACAUCUGAGUUCAAGUAUUGGCUUGAUCUCUUGAUCAUAAACAUCUGCUCUGAAACUCACAGCUGAUGUGAAUGGGGUGUUCAAAUACGAACUCAACCAAAACCGCUUCUUUGUCAGAGCUUCAAGUUUCCAGAACAAAACCAUAAAUAGAGCUGGGAGGCAGUGAUUCACAUCAACAGCGAGUGAUUCAUCCAAACAUAGACAAACAUCAUGUGAAGGGGUUUCUCUUACUUUAACACGUGUAACAUAUGCACACUAGAAAUGCCACAGAAACCACGAAAACUGCGGAGGCCAGCCUCGAAAAACUCAAUCAGUUUUCAAAUACAGGGACCCAGGUCUGAAGAUGAUGAAACUCUAAAAUACCCUAAAAUAAUUCACUUUGCUUUGUACUCUAACAGUAGCUCACUGAGGAGAGUGGAAAGUCAAAAGGCACACUGGUUAGACCAUUUUGCACACACUAUUAAUUA